UUAGUUGUGAAAGAUAAUUUUGUGAUGUACAUAAGACCAGAAGAUGGACAUAUCAGUGAUGUGUUGCUCAUGGAUUCAGCAUUCUCAGUCAAGUGUGGACUUUACCUUACAGGUGCCAGUCAUGGAGUCCUGAUUGAAAAUUUUAGUAGGUAAGAUACCACCACUCCUAAAAGUGAAUUCACCUUACUGGACCUAAUUACUGUGAUAAGCAAUAAUACAAAAAUAAUAAGUGCACGAUUAUUAAACUUUUAUAUAUUGUUGCAUUGUUCUUCAUUGGAGACAAUAUAUUCCUAUUAGUUUUACUUGAUACUGCACUACAAUAGCUCAGUCCUAGUUCAGCAGAAUAAAAGGAUACAGCCAUUAAAUGAAAGAACUGUUGUUGCCAGGAAAACCAUUGGUAACUGUGACAGCAUGGUUAAGUCUGCUCAGAGUUGGUCGACUUUUGUUCAAGGUUUAUUAGUUGUUGUUUUUUGUUUUUUGUUUUUGUUUUUUUAAAAUUGGAAACAAAGUGCUCAUUAAAUCUCAUACUGAAAGUUGUUGGUUUGAAUUUAGCUGGAAAAGGGGAAAAAAAAACCAGAAAAAUUGUUAAAUGGCUAGUUCCAAUAUUUGGGGGACCACCCCCUGUCCCCCCUCCUCUUCCCCUUUCUUUCAGAGGUAUAAGUGGAUUAUUAGUUACGGACAAGUUAGUCUAGUCUGAAUUAGUUGUAUUUAUUCUGUAGGAAGCUGCUCCUCAAAUGUUGGACCAAUCGCCAGGCCAAGGAGUGGGCUGAACAGGUUCAACGUGUGGCCAACAUGCAGGCCUACGAUUACAUUCAGAGAAACAGAUUUGGCUCAUUUGCUCCAGCCAGAGAAAACACAUAUGCCAGAUGGUAA